AUUCCUCUUCACUGUCCUCGACAGCUUAUAAACAAAAAGCGGUUAAUUUGCCAUAAUAUAAUAUAAAGUCAGGACGUAAAAGUAUGUUUAAUUAUAAAUUACCGAAUGGCGGUCUGCACGCUCGUUGUUACAUUAAUUCCAAUGGUGAAAUUAAAUUUGAUCCGCCAGUAUAUGAGCAGCGAUAUACCACAACCAUACGCAUAUUGGAAGAUCCACAUUGGGGGCACAAAUUUAAAAAAGUGGUAGAUUUCGGAUGUGCUGAAAUGCGAUUAUUGUCAUUGCUUCGCCGUACAGAAGGCAUAGAACAUAUUCUAGAGGUUGACAUUGAUGAAAAUUUAUUAAGGAGCUAUAAACAGAGAGCAGAACCCUUGGUAUCGGACUACUUGAACAAACGUGAAACUCCUUUGCGAAUCGAUUUAUUACAAGGAAGUAUUGACACGCCGGCUGAACAAUUGUUGAAUGUAGACGCAGUUAUCGCAUUGGAAAUAAUUGAGCACUUGUACCCAAAAACACUAGAGAAUAUUCCAAAAAAUAUUUUCGGUUUUAUGCAGCCUAAACUAGCAAUAUUUUCGACACCAAAUUCAGAAUUUAACGUACUUUUUGAGCCGUUAUUAGCAAAUGGUUUCCGACACGAUGAUCACAAAUUCGAAUGGAAACGAUCUGAAUUUCGGGACUGGGCAUUAAAUAUUUGUCAACAAUAUCCAAAUUAUAAGGUUGCUUUUAUGGGUGUUGGGGAUGCGCCACCAGAUAGAAAAGAUAUUGGCAACGUAACUCAAAUGGCAAUAUUUGCACGUUGUGAUUUGCUGAACCCUUCUCUUCAUAAUGAGUUACUUCCCAGCAAAGUCGCAGUAGAUUGUGGUCCCGAAGCAGAUGUUCGAUACAAAGAAAUAUUUACUGUAGACUUCCCAGUUUAUAUUGAUGAACGUAGUAAAGACCAAAAAAUUUUGGAUGAGGCGCGCUACCAAAUCAGUCGUUGUCGACGUAUUGAUAGAUAUUUCAAUUGCGAUUUACGUGUGUAUGAAGUACCUCUAAUAGUUUUAAGGGACUAUAUUGAAAAUAUUGGCGCUACAAUGCAGGAAUUGCUUGCUGUUCUAAAGAAAAAUGAUAUUGAGGUAAAAGAAGAACACAUCAUAUUACCCGAAUAUGAUGAGGAUGAUUUUAGUUAUCGUCAAUAUGAUGAUUGUUAUGAUGAGGAGUUGGGAGUGUGGAAUGAUGCUGGAUAUGAUGAGACCGGAAAUGACGACGAACGUGGCGCAUGCGGUGGAUAUUCACAUACUAAAGCAGACACCAACUAUGAUGCUGAGGAAAAUUGGGAUUAAAAGAAAGCAAGUAGGGGUUUAAUUUAGUUACAACACAAUUAAUAAGUGAUUAUUAUAUGUACUAAGAAAAUGAUAAAAUUAAAUAAAGUUGAUAAAUACUAUGUAUGAAAAAAAAAU